GAGACAUUGUCGCAUUCUUUUUUUCGCAGAGCAAGAAACCAUUGCAGUUUUAAACAACGCCAUGGCUUCCACGAAGCCAACACAGAAUGGCCUAGAUAGGCGGAAGCUUGUGGGCAUCAAUCCCGAAACCGUGACAAACAUCACCUCCACCGACUUCCCAGGCCACCACGCCGGUGAAGACAAUUCCUGGUCUCUUCCGAAGUUCAAGGACAAUCUGAAAGUCCAGUUCCACCAGAAUGAGGCGGAUGAAGCAACCUUUUCCCUCAUCGGGGUCGACGCCGCCAUUGCGAACGCAUUCCGCCGCAUCCUGAUCGCGGAAGUCCCUACGCUCGCCAUAGAGAAGGUCUACGUCCAGAACAACACCUCGGUGAUUGCGGACGAAGUGCUAGCUCACCGACUAGGUUUAAUUCCUCUGAAGGGCAACAUAGAGGGUCUCAAAUGGCUGAAAUGGUUUAUCGAUUCAAACCCAGAGUUCGGCUUUGAAGGGACGGGACGGGCAGACUACAACACCGUUGUUUUGCAUUUGCACGUUCGAUGCGAGCGCAACCCACACGCAGACAAAAACGCCACGGAACCCGAAGAGAAAUACAUCAACAGCACCGUCUACUCGCGGCAUAUCCAGUGGGAGCCGCAGGGUCAACAACAGGAGAGAUUCAAGGACGGACCCAUCGAACCGGUCAGCCCGGACAUUCUGAUCGCAAAGUUACGGCCUGGCCAAGAGAUCGAUAUGGUUUUACACGCGCACCUUGGGAUCGGGGCCGACCACGCCAAGUUCAGUCCUGUCGCAACCGCAACGUAUCGGCUGAUGCCGACCAUCACCAUCACAAAGCCCAUCCUGGGAGCCGAUGCGAGAAAAUUUCAGAAAUGUUUCCCGCCUGGAGUCAUUGACCUGGAUCGCGUGACUCCAUCUGAUGCCGCGUCCGAUAAUCCUGCCUAUCACGGGCGCGAAGGCGACGAAAAGGCCGUGGUCAAAGAUCCCAUGCGCGACACCGUGUCGCGAGAGUGCUUGCGGCAUGACGAAUUCAAGGACAAGGUCAAGCUGGGCCGGGUGCAGGACCACUUCAUCUUCAAUGUCGAGAGUACAGGGCAGUUUCCUAGCGACAUGCUUUUCUUGGAGAGUGUCAAUGUUCUCAAGUACAAGGCCAAAAGGCUGCUCCGAGCGCUUGACGAGAUGGAGAAGUAAAGAGGGGAUCGGUCAAUGACACAGUCCAUUGUAAUGACACCGGGAAAUGUAUUUGGUUGCAAGGAUCGGCGUUUUCUUAUGGCAUCUGCAAGGUGUUAGUGGUGUGGAUGUAGAGAGGUACCUCAAAUGGCAUGGCAAGCUAAAAAGUGCUGUUUUACCAUCACA